CAGCUGUAGCUCUAAACGGACUGCAGUGUGACUCUUGAGAAGUCUUUUUAGGUCAUGACUUUUCCUCCGGGACAAUUAAUGAACAAACAUUUGAUUAAGCCUUAAAACUGGCAGCGGCGGGCAGACCUAUAAGAUCCAGUUUGCAGUAAUGCACACAUGCAGGCUCAUUGGCUGCAGGCAGGUUGACACAGUUUCCCUGCCUCAUUGCCUCAUGCAGCUGUAGCGGGUGCCCGUAGCCCUGUAGAGCCAGCAGGUGGUACUCUACUGUCGGGCUGUUGAAGUCAAGCAGCCGGCUGGGUGAAGAGCAGAGAGCCCUGACCCACAACGACGAGGUUUUUAGGAAAGAGAAAGAAGGAAAGAACGGCUGCUGCUCCUCCGGUUUUGGAGAUGGACACCGCGGUCACUUCAGCCACCGAGGUCAGCGGGUCUGCCUCCUCCGGGUUGUGACUCUCCGGGCUCCGCAGACAGAGGAGAGCGGUGGACCUCCGGUGGCCGGGGACAGGGCAGGACGGUACGGACACUGUGCAGGCUGCAGCAGGCUGUGGUGCCUUGCGGAGAAAACUCCCCCCCACCCCCCGGAGAAUAAAGCAGGAGUAAAGCAUCUGGUAGCUCAGACUGAAAGAAAGAGGAGACCAGAACAGCAACAGCAGCUCCAGCUCCGGGAUUAUUGUCAGACUCACCGCGGAUUUACACCGACAUGGGAAAAGGAGCCGCAGUCACAUUUUAAGAUGUUUCCUCACCACAGAGAAAGGGAGCAGCCAAUCUUCAGCGCCCGGGCCCAUGUUUUCCAGAUCGACCCCACUACCAAGAGGAACUGGAUCCCCGCCAGCAAACAUGCCGUCACGGUGUCCUUCUUCUACGAUGCCAACCGCAACGUCUACCGCAUCAUCAGCGUGGGCGGGACCAAGGCAAUCAUCAACUGCACUGUUACACCCAGCAUGACAUUUACCAAGACGUCCCAGAAGUUUGGACAGUGGGCGGACAGCAGGGCCAACACUGUGUAUGGUCUGGGUUUUGCUACAGAGCAACAGCUGCAUCAGUUCUCAGAUAAGUUUAAGGAGGUGAAAGAUGCAGCUCGUCUGGCACGGGAAAAGUCGCAGGAUAAAGAACUGGCCAACACGGCGCUCAACAUCGCUGCUCCUCAGGACCUCUCGGAUGAACUCCAGUCUCCACCGGUGAUGUGUGUGAAUGGACCGGAGGACAAGCUGUUCCGCAGCCAGAGCGCGGACAUCACCCUGUCUUCUGAGAAGGAGCGCAUUAAGAAGAUGCUCUCUGAAGGGUCUAUCUGUGAGAUGAACCUGGAAGCCGAGCUCUUCACUCUGCAGGACAGCAACUCCAAAUUGGUGGCAGCUUUGCAUGAGGCUAAUGCUAACGUGGAGCAGUGGAAGAAACAGCUAGCAGCGUAUCAGGAGGAGACGGACAGACUCCGAGACCAGGUGGCUGAAUUAGAGGCCCAUGGAGGCCAAGGCCCCAGUGACCUGCUGAAGGAUGAGCUGACCCAGUCCCUGGAGGAGCUGGAGGCCCUGCUGAAGGCCAAAGACGAGGAAAUCCACAUUUUGCAAAGCAAGAAAGCUGAGUACCACGAGAUGGAACACGAGAGGGAUGAGGCCAUCCACAGAUUACGGGAGACAGAGAUGCGCAAUUCAGAGUUGGAGCGCCGCAUCCAGAACUCAGAGCAGAACCUGAAUAACUCUCUGGAGGAACGGGAUCGCAUGGACUCUGAAAUCCAGAGGGCCAUCGAAAUUCUGGACAUCAAGAUCUUUGACCUUAAUGACCUCCGCCAGAGCCUGGUUAAACUCAUCGACAAAUAAGAGCGAUAAAAUGGGGAAAAUCCAACGCGAGAGAGAGAUGGAAAAGAUGACGGGGUUAAAUUUUGUUGUGGCCAAUGCAGCGAGGGAGUAAACUGAAAACAGAUGGAGCUGGUCCCAUGUCCUCUUCAAGCACAAGAACCACCUCGGCUGCAGGAAGGUUCCUCCAUGUCUGAGUUGCAGCAGUGGCUGUGCUGUACUCAACAACAUACUGUAGGUGUCGGCCUAGGCGGCAGCAUAUACCUGGUUUUGCUUGUCCAAUCUAAUGUAACGCUUCAUGUUGCUUUCAAGGGUAACAUUCAGUGCAAUAAACCAACUUUAAGGUAAGUGCUUCACAGUGCUAGACAUUUAAUAUUGAGAAGUGGUGCUUGUAGUUUUUCAUGACUUUUGUAUACAAAAUGGCGAUGCAGUGUCAAUAUGAAUCGUAAGAGGCCUUGGUUUUGUUUUGUUCUUUCAACAGACAGGUGAUCUUUAAACAUCUUUACAACUAAAUGAGUCCAUGCAAAUGGAGAAAGGGACGGGACAUUCAGAAAAAAUGUCAAUGCAAAAAAAACCGCACAUAAGACAAAAUGACUCUUGCCUAUCUAACAGCCUACAUACAACAUCAUUAUUAUUGAAUAAACAGCUAACAAAGUUUGAUGAGAUAAACUUGUGUACGGUCUUAUAGUUACCACGCAUAAUGUAGAAGCUAUAAGUGGAUACAGUGGUUCUAGUUGGUGCCACAGGAAUAAGCAAUGCCAUAUACUCAAGGUCAGUAAAAUAGUACGCUAAUAGUGCUUUAUAUUCGGGUAAGGCAUGGCUACACUUGAACAUUAGAUCUGAAUAUUAACACCAAAGAUCAAAUGUUAAGAGCAGAGUCAUUGAUAAGGCCUUUCAGCAACUUAUCUAUUAUCACAUCUUCACUUAAGCUCUUAAGAAACCUUUAAAUCUAAGAUAAAAAGUACAUUUUAGUAGAUAAGAUACAUGAAGAAAUUACGUUUAGGGUAAGUAAGUAUUUUCCACAAUAUAAAUCAAUAAUGCUACAGUUAUUAAGUUAUUAAUAACUGUAUCACUAAGAGAAAUGAAAGUCCUCACAUAGUCUUACAGAUAAGUUUAACUGGCAUUUGGACUGGCCCAGUCUGAAUAAUCGUCUUUUGCAUCAUCUAUUAACAGGCCGCUGACUUAGGAACUUAUUUAUGAUGCAUUUGAGGAAAUUUAAGAGACAUUUUCUGCCUUUUGUCAUUUUUCAGCACGUUACCUUUAGCUGUGGACAAUAUGCCAUACGCCUUCAAUGAGUCUUUUUGUCACACAGACUGUAUUGUUUAAUGUUCCAUGAUGCUAUGUUUGUAUUGUUUUUUUCAAGCCUUAUUGUUCUAUUUUAAGGGUGGUUGUUGAUAGUCAUGCCAGCUCUAUGUCUCAAACUCUGAGCUGAUGUCAUGACGGUUUGGAAAUAAAAGCAAAGAAUACUCUCA